UGAGAAACCUGCACCACAGAGAAAAUGAGAUGAAACAGUCUGAGAGAGAGUCCUGCAUACCCCUUCAUCUUUUGGGGGGAAAUUCUGGAUGUUCUGGGUGUCAUUGCCCUAAAAAACAACUCAGUGCCCUUUAGGAAACAUACUAGAAAAUGUUCCUGACUCGAAGAAAGAGACUUCAGCUCAGCAGGAUUAUAUUUCUUCUGUCUGGGGUUUUCCUUUGUUCUUUAUAUCAAUUCACUAUCAGAGCCAGACUUCCAGAAGCCUGGCCUGAGCCCCAGAGAGCAGGAUACCUAGACGAUGGCUCUGGGCUUGGUCUGGAACCAGGACUGUUUGAGAUGACAAAGACUAAUUUGACCACAGUUGAGCCAAAGAACAUCAACCACACAGAUGGGGUCCAGCCGUCAGAGACAGCAACAAAUAUACCCGUCCAAACAACAUCUACAACAGAGACGCCUACAACAACCACAAACAGGACAAUUGUCCAUUGCAUUUAUGUGGAUCCAGACCUUCCGAAACCCACCCCAGUUCCUACUCCAGCAACCGAUACGACCACUCUGGUGCCCAACACUACAGCAUCCAGACCUGGAGACGCACCGCACAUGAAGGGCGAGUACCCGGAGGACAUCUUCUCCAUUGAGGAUCGACGCAACGGCUGGGUCAUUCUCCACAUCUUUGGAAUGAUAUACAUGUUUGUUUCUUUGGCCAUUGUCUGCGAUGAGUUUUUCGUCCCUACCCUGGGGGUUAUCACAGACAAACUGGCGAUCUCAGAUGAUGUGGCCGGGGCGACCUUUAUGGCCGCUGGAGGCUCUGCUCCCGAACUUUUCACUUCCUUGAUCGGUGUCUUCAUUUCUCAUAGCAAUGUGGGCAUUGGAACCAUUGUUGGCUCGGCUGUCUUUAACAUCCUGUUUGUGAUCGGAAUGUGUGCGCUGUUUUCCCGGGAGAUGCUUCACCUCACCUGGUGGCCUCUCUUUCGGGACGUGUCGUUCUACAUCCUCGAUCUCAUCAUGCUCAUCAUCUUCUUCUUGGACAACACCAUUAUGUGGUGGGAGAGUAUGAUGCUGGUGAGCGGUUAUGCUCUCUAUGUUACUUUCAUGAAGUUCAAUGUUCAGAUUGAGCGUGCCUUUAAAUCUCAGCUCAUGAAACACAAGAACAUUGUCAAAGUCAUCGCGGUGGAAGAACCUGAAAAGGACAAUGGGACUUCAGGUGAAGAGAACAGGCCGCCUGAACCAGAAGACAAGAAUCGAUUAAAGCUGAAGCCCACACUGCAGCGCGGGGGCAGUUCUGCCUCUCUGCAUAACAGCACCAUGAGGAACACCAUCUUCCAACUGAUGAUUCACACACUGGAUCCUCUUGGAGAGGAGUCAGUGUUUAAUGGAGAUGCAAAGGCUAGAAGCUCUUUGGAAUGUAAAGUGAAAUUUAAAGACAAGGCUCAGAUUUUGAACGACAUGGCCCGGGGGAAAGUAGAGAACAAAAAGAAGGAAAAAUCUGGUGAAGGUGAUGGUCAAUCAGAGCAGCCCAAUGAUUCCAAAGAUGCGGCUCCAGGAUCCAAGGAAGAAGACGCCAGUCAAAAGUCUGAGGCACAAAAGGAAGGAGACACUGCAGCAGAAGGAGGCUCAGAGAAGCCAGGAGGUUCAGGCGAUUCAGAGGAUGAUGAGGAAGAUGACAGUGAUGAAGACAGCGAUGAAGACAGUGAUGAUGAUGAUGAUGAUGAUGAAGAUGAUGAAAAUGAAGAUGAGGCUGAAGAAGGAGAUGAACCUCUGUCCUUAGAAUGGCCAGACACCAGACGCAAACAGGCCACAUAUUUGUUUCUGUUGCCCAUUGUCUUUCCACUGUGGCUAACAGUUCCAGAUGUCAGAAACCCUGCAUCCAAGAAGUUCUUUGUCAUUACCUUCCUUGGCUCAAUAGUAUGGAUUGCUAUAUUUUCCUAUCUUAUGGUGUGGUGGGCACAUCAAGUGGGUGAGACAAUUGGCAUCUCUGAGGAAAUCAUGGGUCUUACCAUUCUGGCUGCAGGAACAUCAAUUCCUGAUCUAAUCACCAGUGUGAUUGUGGCUCGAAAAGGCUUGGGAGACAUGGCUGUCUCGAGCUCUGUAGGGAGCAACAUAUUUGACAUCACCAUGGGGCUGCCGGUGCCAUGGUUGAUGUUCUCGUUCUGCCAUUCGUUUGCCCCAGUGACUGUGAGCAGUAAUGGGCUGUUCUGUGCCAUUGUGCUGCUCUUCCUCAUGCUCCUCUUCGUCAUUAUCUCCAUCGCUGCCUGUAAGUGGAGGAUGAAUAAAGCGUUGGGAUUCACCAUGUUCGUCCUGUACUUUGUGUUCCUGGUGCUCAGUGUCAUGCUAGAGGAUCGAAUCAUUAUAUGUCCCGUGUCCAUCUGAGCACACCUGUGGUUUUCACUCACAUCCAUGAGGAUACAAUCCUGUCAUUCCAAAUGUUCUGAACUAUAACUUAAUGUAUCACAUUUAAAACAUCUGUGGACUCACUGUGUUGACUUAUUCUGUAUUACACAUGAUUUUUUUUUGUGAAGGGAUGCAAUAACUGUUAAACACUUCUUUUUUUUAGCUUGUGUUAAAAUUAAUGCAGUAAUGUCACAGAAAAGUCACAGGUCCUGUCCCAAAUGGUCACCAUUUGUGGUAUCCACACUUUAGUGAUGUAAUGCCAUAUGGAUUGUUGGCUGGUAGACUGCAUGUGGUCCCACCAGUGUGGGCUUUGCAAAAGGGCACAUUAAGGCCACAUACAGAGGCACACUUGAGCUCCCCUUUGAACUGUAAAAUGACAAAUAAGACACCCUACUACUGCCCUGUGGACUUGACAAACACACUUUGAUUAUGAUUGCGUAAUCAAAGGCCACAGAAGUGUUCCAUUCGAGACAGGGCCACAGAGUACUAAAUAUGGAAAAUCACUUUUUUUCUUAUAUUCACACUUGAUGGUUUGAGAAAAUCAAUGAUGCAAUUCAACCAUUUUCUUUUCUAUUGGGUUUAUACCAAAACAUGCACGUAAAACACACGUUCACACUGUCAGUAGUUGGGAUUGAUAAUUACAUUUACUUACAGGUAUGAAUCUUGAAAUGUCCCGUUCAAACAGUAACUUACAGUAGCAUCUCGAAUACUGUCUGUAUAAACGUGCAAUGGCAGUCAAGCCCGUAUUAUCUUACCAGUAAAUAUAGCGACAGUGACCAAAGUAAUAUCAAAGAUGGCAACGUCUAUAAAACUGAAAAGUCUAAUAGAGUUCAUCCAUCACAUCUUAAUUAACCGACAGCAGCUUUUAUAUCUGGGUGUAGAGCGGCGCAACUCCGACCGGUGGAGAUCAGUGAUUGGAUAAAACAUUCAGAUGACACACAUCUCACAUCUCCAUUGCUUUAAGUUACCGAAAGUGAAACCACACAUGAAAACCCGCAAUAUACGGUAAAAACGAGUCCGGUUCUGUUCACACAGCGCGGGUUUUCCGAGAAUGCGGUUGUGAGUCCUGAAAAUUUACGGGUGUGAGUUCGGUUAUAGAAUGCGGUUGUCACUCCCGUAAAUAAGUGAACUGUGUGUGAAAGGAACCAGAACUCAAAUACAGGAGUGACAUCCGUA